AUGUGCUCCCCACCAGGCGCCGUGAGCAUCCUGAAACGGACCUGGGCAAUGGGGAGUGUCCGGCAGGACUCCGGGAUCUGCUGCCGAGCCCGAACACGAACACGUCCCAGAGCCCGCGGACUGGGUCAACUGGUCUCCCCCUUCCCCCCAUUGUUCUCUAACUUUACCCAGCCCCUUUCUCUCUGUCCUAGGAACUGGUGCGCCUACAUCGUGAAUAAGAACGUAAGCUGCACGGUGCAGGAGGGAAGCGAGAGUUUUAUUCAGGCUCAGUACAACUGUCCCUGGAACCAGAUGCCCUGUCCAUCCGCUCUGGUGUAUCGGGUAAACUUCAGACCCAGAUUUGUCACUAGGUACAAGAUAGUGACACAGUUGGAAUGGAGAUGCUGUCCAGGCUUUAGAGGAGCAGACUGCCAAGAAGGUCCCAAAGACCCCAUGAAGACUCCCCGGACCCCACCAGCUCGACCAAGAAACAACCUGAAGAAAGCCACAGACACUGAUCCAAGCCAAGUCUCACAGCCUAAGAAAACUUUGUCACCAACAAAUGCAGCAGAACCAGGCCAGGUUGCAGAUCCAAAGCAAGGUCCUCCAGAAUUUCAGCAAACCAAAGUCCAGGUGCUGGAGGAGAAGGUUGUCCGACUCACCAGGAUGGUGCUAGAUCUCCAGUCCUCUGUAUCAGGCCUGAAGGAGAACCUCAAACACACCAUCCAAGAUGAUAGCAGCAAAGAACCCGCCUCCUGGCUCGGUCCCCUGCACCCACAGCCAACCCCUGAUGGCACCUUCGCGGGGGACGCAGAGCCGAGCCAGCUUCCCGGAAUCCUCAACAGCAAGGAAUCUGGCAUGAAGGACAUCAAGUCUGAGCUGGCUGAGGUCAAAGACACAUUGAAGACCAAGAGUGACAAGCUAGAAGAGCUGGAUGGGAAGGUGAAGGGCUAUGAAGGGCAGCUCAAGCAGCUGCAGGAGGCUGCUCAGGGCCCCACAGUCACCAUGACAACCAACGAGCUGUUCCAAGCCUAUGUGGAUAGCAAGAUAGAUGCCCUGAGAGAGGAGCUCAUGGAGGGCAUGGACCGGAAGCUGGCUGACCUGAAGAACACGUGCGAGUACAAGUUGGUGGGUCUCCAGCAGCAGUGUGAUGACUAUGGCAGCAGCUACCUCGGCGUGAUAGAGCUGAUCGGGGAGAAGGAGGCGAGCCUGAAAAAAGACAUCGCGGACCUCCGAGCACGGCUGCAGGACCCCACAGCCCAACCAAGCUGCUGCGACGGUCAAAAGAACGGCGAUUUUGGCCCACAGAUCAAGACACUAGAUCAGAAAAUCGAGAGAGUUGCCGAGGCCACUAGGAUGCUGAAUGGACGGCUGGACAAUGAGUUCGACCGCCUCUCCUUUCCAGAGACAGACGCAGACUUUGAUGCGAGAUGGAACGAGCUGGACGCAAGGAUCAACGUGACGGAGAAGAACGCAGAAGAGCAUUGCUUUUACAUCGAGGAGACUCUGCGGGGGGCCAUCAACGGCGAAGUGGAUGACUUGAGGAAGCUUCUCAAUGAGAAAAUCCACGCCCUGGAAGACCGUAUGGGAAUCAUUUUGCAAGUGACCAACGGCUCAGAUUUAGAGUUGACACCUGUGGGCCCAGCCUUGUCAGGACAGCCAGGGCAGCCAGGGCAGCCAGGGGCAGAGAAUGAGCAACUCCUAAGGGAGUUGAGCCGCCUGAAGGACAAAGUUCAAGUGGUUGAGGACAUCUGCCUGCAGAGCUUGCCCCAUGGGAUAGAUGGAGCUUUGCCUAGUGGAGAGGACCUCACACAUGUCAGCCUGAGCCUUUUGGAAUCCCUCAACGAUACGAUGCACAGGCAGUUCCAAGAAACAAGCCACAGCAUCCAGAAGCUUCAAGAGGACUUCAGUGCCCUUUAUUCUCAACUAAAUCGCUCGGAAUAUACAGGGACUCGCUUGCCGAAUGGAGUGAGUGACAGCAUGGAAGCAAGUGGGUUUACUAAGACAGGGGAGCAUGAGAGGACUGUGGGGACUGUCCCGUCUCCUGGGGGCCCUGUGGCUCCAUGCUGUGGCCAGCUGGAGGAGCGCUGGCAGAGGCUGCAGAACCAAGUGCUGGCUGAGCUAGACACAUGCAAGGAGAGCGCUCACGGGGUGCAGAGCGGGGUGUCUGCGGUCGAGGGCAGGGUGUCCCAGCUGGAGAAGACAUGCAGCAGGUUGGACGCCAUCUCAGGGAGUCUGCAGCGGAUCAAGGAGGGGCUCAGCAAGCAUGUGGGCAGCCUGUGGAACUGUGUCCGGCAGAUGAACGGGACGCUCAGGUCACACUCCAGAGACAUCUCUGGCCUCAAGAAUUCUGUGCAGCAAUUCUACAGUCACGUCUUCCAGAUUUCUACUGACUUGCAGGACCUGGUCAAGUUUCAGCCAUCAGCAACAGAGGAACCCUUGGAAGCAACUCAGGGACCAUCUGGGAAGACCCCACUAGAAUCCACCAGACCCUUGGAGGAGGCCCCCACUGAGCCACCGCGGCUGACCCCACUGCCAGAACACCCUGCCGGACCACCACAGAUAGGCCAGCGGCCAGUAUUGCCCCAGAGGCCCCUGCAGCCACCACCUUUGCCUGCCUGGCCUGGUCGCACGGGGUUGCCCGUCCUGCCUGGCUCUAGUGGAGUCAUCAUGGAGACUGGAGAGGCUGGGCCUCCAGGCAGGAUGGGCAUGUCUGGAAGGGGCCUGCCUCAGGGAGUGGAUGGACAGAUGGGGCAGGGGCCGAUUCCUAGCUCGGAAGGCUACGCAGGCGCACCAGGCUACCCCAAGUCACCUCCUGUAGCCACCCCAGGGGUGUCGCUGCCUGCUCUGGUGUCCUUUUCAGCUGGUCUUACCCAGAAGCCUUUUCCCAGUGAUGGAGGUGUCGUCCUCUUUAAUAAGGUGCUGGUGAAUGAUGGGGAUGUAUACAACCCCAGCACUGGGAUCUUCACGGCACCAUAUGAUGGGCGCUACCUGAUCACGGCCACCCUCACCCCGGAGAGGGAUGCCUACGUGGAAGCGGUCCUGUCUGUUUCCAACGCCAGUGUUGCCCAGCUCCAUACGGCUGGGUAUAGGAGAGAGUUCCUGGAAUACCAUCGUCCUCCUGGGGCUGUGCAUACCUGCGGGGGCCCAGGGGCCUUCCACCUCAUCGUGCACCUGAAGGCAGGAGAUGGAGUCAACGUUGUGGUGACUGGGGGCAGAUUGGCUCACACAGACUUUGAUGAAAUGUACUCCACCUUUAGUGGCGUUUUCUUGUAUCCUUUCCUUUCUCACCUCUAGGGAGGCCAGGAGGGGAAGAGGCUGUAAAAACUCCAGAGCUUUUAAUAUAUUUGGUUAUGUAGUUUGCUGCACACACUCUGCCUGCCCCCAGGAUAAAAGCCCUCACCUCCCUGUAGAGACGGACACCCCUCAUUUCCAGACAGCUGUGGAGGCGACACAUGGUUCAAGUCUGUCACUGUAACUGGACAACCAGAAGAUUUGUCAAGUCCCCUUCGCUGGAAGCUGGCUUCUCCUGUGCUGCCUAUAUGCCGCCAGUUCUGCCAGAGGCUCCUGGGUUGGGCCUCUUCGGUGCUACAGUGGAGGCCCAUGCUGCUCCCUGACUGGGCUGGGCCAGAUGCAGCUGGAAGACACUGUAGCGGACGCGUCCUCCACACUGCAUGUAGAAGACUUAAACACUGAAGUGCUGAUGUGGCCUGGACCCAGAGUUAGCCUGGGUUGUUCCACACUUGGUUGCUGGUACUGAUCUCUGCUACCAAGGUGGAUGUAAGAGACAUUAUUUAUGAGGCUUGCCGGGCUCCUUAAAUGACAUGUACGAUAUAAGUGCAAAGACAGGGAGCAUCAAUAAAGAUGUCAGAAUCA